AUGGUGGUGGUGGUGAUGAUGGUGAUGGUGCGGAGGAGUUGGCGGUGGAGGUGGUGGAAUAGUUGGGGGUUCUGCGGGAGGUGGUGGACUAGUUGGGGGUUCUACGGGAGGUGGUGGAAUAGUUGGAGGUUCUGCAGGAGGUGGUGGACUAGUUGGGGGUUCUACGGGAGGUGGUGGAAUAGUUGGAGGUUCUACGGAGGAGGUGGACUCGCUGGGGGUUCUUCUGGAGGUGGUGGACUCGUUGGGGGUUCUACCGGAGGUGGUGGACUCGUUGGGGGUUCUACCGGAGGUGGUGGACUCGUUGGGGGUUCAACUGGAGGUGGUGGGCUAGUUGGGGGUUCAACUGGAGGUGGUGGGCUAGUUGGGGGUUCUACGGGAGGUGGUGGACUAGUUGGGGGUUCUACAGGAGGUGGUGGACUAGUUGGGGGUUCUUCCGGAGGUGGUGGACUAGUUGGGGGUUCUACCGGAGGUUGUAGAGUAACGGGGGUUUCUUCCAUAGGUGGUGGACUACCUGAGGUUUCUUCUGGAGAUGGUGAAACAACCGGACUUGCCACAUCUGGAGAUUCAUCCGGAGGAGGGGUAUUCAAAAGAUCAUCAAAAGCAGACAAAAGAUUCAUUGGGAAUCUUUUAUCAUGA